CGGCACUGUUCGACGCGGUUUUUUUUUUAGGAAUUUGAAGCAUGUCCAGCUCUAGGAGGGCAGUUUUUCUGCUCGGCAUUCAGCCUAAUCACCGUUAUACAAUCUGUGUAUAUAAGUAUGGCUGCCUGUCGAGCUCGAUCAAGCCAGCAUGCCACCUACUACUGACAUCUUGUCGAUCGCACCAUGGUCAAUAUCUCUGAGCCAGCUCGUCCUUGGGCUGACGGGCCCUGGCCCUUAAUCGAGACACCUUCCAAGACCCGGAAUGUCGCAGAACACCCCGCCGUCUAUAUCGCGAACGAAAUGGCAUUUGCCCAUAACAGCAUGCUGAGGGGUUUAAAUAGCAUCUAUCUCCAGACAUUCUCUGUCCAAGAGCCCCAGGACGUCUCCGACUUUCUCUUCUUCAUCCACGCGUGGGCAGGCUGGGUAUCGCAUCAUCACGUCCUAGAAGAGGAGAAGAUGUUCCCGGGAUUCGAAAGAGUCGUCGGGAUUCCCAAUUUCCUUGAAACCAACGUGGAGCAACAUCACUCCUUCCAGCCUUUAUUGAAGAGGCUCUUGGAGUACAGCAGCCAGACCCAGCCGGCAGAAUACCAGGCGUCUGUGGUCCGGCAGCUGAUUGAAAAGAUGGCACCCAGUUUUCGCCAGCAUCUGAGCGACGAAAUUUCGAGUUUACUUUCUAUGGAACCGUAUGACGGGGACGCAUUGCUGAAAGUCUACAAGGAAUGCGAGGCCGAGGCAGGCAAGCAGGAUAAGCAUGUGGUCCCUCCAAUGGUGCUGGGACUUCGUGACAUCACCUUUGAAGGAGGCAAUCAGUGGCCGACUAUGCCACCGCUGUCGGCAUGGUUUGUUUACUACUUCUUCUCUGGCAAGCAUUCUGGAUCCUGGCGAUUUCUGCCGUGCGAUACCUGGGGGAACCCACGCGCGUUGAGAUUUGUGAAGGGCGACGCUUGAGGAAAGGUGAAGGUGUAGCGACUGAGCACGAAGCGCUGGUAUAUAUUCAAUAAUACAACAAUGCUUCCCAAUGCG